AUGACUGUGGACAAUGGUGGUACAGACAAGAGGUGGGGUUCGGGAAAGUGUUUCUUGGCUGAAUUGCCAGAUCGUCGAGCAGGGACUCCAAAAGAAAGCGAUUGUGCGGUAUAUUCAGCCUGCAAGCCAUACCGUUUCAGAUGGCUGGAAUCGAGGAAAUCAAAUGCGGGAUAUACUCCCAUGACGUCGUUAUUCAUCAGCAGAUACAAGAACAGUCCCGUGUUUUCAGCAUUUGCUGUGCAAUCUAUCAUUAUUCGUUGUAAUAAUCUUCAAUCCAGUCGCUUCUUCUUCUUCUUCUCGCCCCCUUCUUUCCUCCACCACCACCACCACCACCACCAUCACUGUCGCCACCAAACCCCGUUGCUACCACACCCACUGUUAACAAACCCCGCCUUAACCCAACCCUCUUCUCCGCCUGAGUCCCGAUUCCCACCCCCAAACCACGAUACAUAUACAACGACCGCUACCACCCCCAUCGCCAUUUUUAUCGGUCUCCUUUUUUCCAUUCACAACAUCGAUCUAAUUGUCUGUUACAUUAAUGAUGCACAAACAAUGCAUACACACUACCGCCGCCCAUACUGUCGAUCAUGGCGAUUGGACUUCUCACAUUCAUUCUUUGAUUUACGCGCGAAUUACCACAGUCAAUCUCCUUUUCUUUCUCUUAUCUAUCUAUCUAUCUAUCUAUCUAUUGAUUGUUUUAUCUAUCUAUCUUUCUCUCUUCUGUCUUUAGAUAGAUCGGUAGAUAGAUAUAGCUAUCAUGCAACCCUAUUUCUAUCUAUCUAUCUAUCUAUCUAUCUAUUUUCUAUAGUUAGCUAUACCUAUCAUACAUCCCAUCUAUCUAUCUAUCUAUCUAUCUAUCUAUCUAUCUAUCUAUCUAUCUAUCUCGGACCCUGA